AUGUCUGACCACCAUAUCGAGGACCUUCCACUUUCUUCUUCAUCCAAACAGAUGACUUCUUCACGACCUCAACACCAAGAAAAGCCAGCUCAACAAGAGGGACGUCUGGCUCUCCUCCCCGUUGAGGUUCUGCUUAACAUUACAGGUGAGCCUGGGAAAGACGUGGAAGCAAUGGAGCAAUGCUACAAUCUGGCAAAGCCUCCCAUGGACCUUACCUGGAAGGUCUCCUGCCAAUGCCCAUCUGACGAGGCUCACAAACACCACAGGCCCAUCGACGAUGUACUUGAAUGCCUUGCCAUUGGCUCUGCGCCUAUUGACAGGUGUAUUGAAGCAAUCAGAUGGUUACUGAGCAAAGGAUACGAGGCAAAUGAGCAGAAGGAUCAAGUUUGGUAUAGCAACAAUCAGCACUGUCAUCAUAUGCCUGAGCUCGUAAUUGAUCUUUUGGGCAAGACUUCUAACACGGCUCGUGUUGAGGGGAUCUGUGAGAUAAUCGCAAUACUACACAACAAUGGGUACUCUCUGCCUUACCGUAUGAACCUUCGCCAGUUUUCUAUAAGACCGUACGACCAAGACGUCAAGCCAGGCCUGAUACGUAAGCCGAUGGAUAUAGCUCUCAGAUCUCACUGUUCAACGUCCUUCCUCGAGCUGAUUCUGCAGGAGUAUCAACGUCGUGGGGCAAACGCAGUCGUCAUACAUACCGUCGUCCAUCAUGACUGCCCUCUUGGAAUGAGAACCUGGCUGGGCACCUGGCCCCAUGACCCCUACGAUCUACCUCUUUGGCGUCAGAGCACAAAUAUUGGCAAUAUCCUCUGGGGACUUUUCCUGGACAUUGCGGACCCGUUAACCAGCUGGAAGGAAUCAUAUCAGGGCGAGGCUGCGGACAUAUUUGAGAAAAAGAUCCAGCUUCUCAUUGACUACCAGUUCGUUCAGUUGCACGAGAUACAAGUCUUGCAAAGACUUGUCACGGCUCUGCGAGAGAACCCCCUGGAUUUUAAGCUUAUUAACGAGGAUAACGACGGAAAAGAAUACUGGGAGACGCUAUGCGCUAGCCUAGGUUCUUUCAUGGAAGAUGAAGGUCUUGUAAAGGAAGACCGGCUACUUGGCUAUGAAACAGUCCAUACAGCCGUCGGAAGGCUCCACCGCUUUGUCAUUGAGGCAAGCUGGAACCCAUGGACUGUGUGGCAGGACUACAAGAUGCAGGAUCCCAAGCACAGGGCCAAUUUCUCACAUCCUUGGACGAACCAUGAGAGCUGGGGCAGGGUUCAGAAUAGACAUGGAAUAUGGUUUGAUCCUGAGUGGCGUCGGCUAGCUGAGUAUGAAGAUGAGACUGAUGCUGAAAUUGGAACACGGUGA